UAGCCUUUGCUCCCGUUUUUUGCCUCUCUCUCUCUCUCUCUAUUUCUUCGUCGCUGUCCACCUCGAUCUUCGUUAGGGUUUUACAGGGGUUUGGACGCUUUGAUAAUUCAAAAAAACCCUUAUUAUAACCUCAUUAAUUCAUCAUUUUUAGUCCUUCUAAUGGUAAAUUUCAUGGGAUUUCUGUUCUAGGGUUUAUAAGUUAAGAGGAUGAUUCUGCUAUUGUUAUCGUCUGAGUUCCAGCUGUAAUCGAUUAUUGGCGGAUUGGACGGAAAAUCUCUGUUAAACACUGGUGUGUAAUCUUUGAUGUGCGCGCUGUGUUGCUGUCGGAAUUCUUAGCUGGAAUCUAAGUUCUUUGGGUUGAAUAAUGCGGUUCUGGGUGACAACCUGAUGAAAGAAAAUGGAGUUUCUUGCUAGCCUUCUUCCGGUGAAAUGAUAUGAGGUUUUGAAUAUGAGUGAUGGAGGUGGGGAGAGUGGAAGAGAGAACAAAGACAACGACGCCAAGAGGAGAUCAGUUGGAGGCGACGAUUUUGGCCGGGCUAUUGCCAAGAUUGCUGUUGCGCAAAUAUUGGAGAACGCAGGCUUUCAGAGCUUCCAACAGUCUGCUCUUGAAGCUCUCUCUGACAUCACCAUUCGUUACCUUCGUGACUUGGGCAAGACUGCUCAUUUUUACUCCAAUUUAGCUGGUAGAGCGCAUUGUAACGUCUUCGAUAUCAUUCAGGGGCUUGAAGAUUUGGGAACCUCACAAGGUUUUUCCGGUGCAUCAGAUGUCAAUCGUUGCCUUGCAGGUUCGGGCAUAGUUCAAGAUAUUACGCAGUAUGUGAGCUUGGCGGAGGAGAUUCCAUUUGCGCGACCUGUUCCACAUUUCCCCGUCAUCAGAAACAGGAGACCGUCCCCAACUUUUCUGCAAAUCGAAGAGACACCGCCUGGCAAGCACAUUCCCUCUUGGUUACCUGCAUUCCCCGAUCCCCACACGUAUGUUCACACUCCUGUGUGGAAUGAGAGGGCAACGGAUGCUCGUUCAGAUAAAAUUGAACAGGCGAGGCAGCGAAGGAAAGCGGAACGGUCUCUGCUGAGUUUACAGCAGCGAUUGGCUUUCAAUGGUUCGGCGGCCUCUGCCGCAGUGGAUCCUGCAGAUGCGGGGAGGCUGAAACGAGCUGCGGAGAGUAACCCAUUUCUUGCUCCACCUCUGCAGUUUGGCGAGAAAGAUGUGUCUCCUGUUGCUCCCCCCGCACAGCUUUCUAACGAAGUGGUUUCAGAGAAAAGAGUUUCGGUGUUGGAUACUUUUGCUCCUGCUAUUGAAGCUGCAAAGAGUGGGUUUUGUGAUUCUGCAGAUGGUGAAAGCAAGGACCUCCCUAACAAGAGACCCAGUGUGCAUUUCAAGCUUGGGAUUGGGAAGAAAUUUUUAGCUGCACCUCUUGAUUUGGAUCUUCAUAGUAAGAGUGUGGGGAAAACAGCUCCAUGGUUUGGGAGGGACGAUGAGAAGGACGACAAGAAGAGGAGAGCGGAGCAAAUUCUGAAGGAAUCCAUGGAAAACCCACAAGAACUUGCUCAGUUGUAAAUUAGUUCAUUGACUAGAUUGCUUGAUCGGGAUCUGUAUACGUAUUCAAGAGUUCUGCAGCAAAAGCAGUGGUGGGUUGUGGGGUAAUUAAAGUCAAAGGGCAUCUUGUUGUUGUGCUAUGGUUGGUGGGAUGGACAGUUGGGAGUAUCCCUUGGUUCUACCUUAACAAGUUUGAGGUAUGUCAACGUCUGUUCCCAUCAUACAGUGGCCCUUGUGUUCAAUCAAUUUUUUCCAGUGAAAAUAUUUCUUCUUCUUCUUCUUCCA